AUGGGGAGCUCAAAGCUUUGCCUUUUACUCCUCCUGGUCAAACUCACCUUAACUUACGCCCAGGAGGAACAUGCAUCUUGUCUCUUAUCAAAAAGUUACAAGGCCCACCACAAGUAUGAAUACCUGUACGAAGCGGAGUCCUUGAAUGCCAUCAAUGGAGCAUCACAUCUUAAGAAUGGUCCCAAGGCCACCUGCAAGGUUGAAAUUGAAGUGCCUCAGACGUGCAGUUUCAUCUUCCGCACCACUGGCUGCAGCCUGAGUGAGGUGAUCGACGUGGACGCAGAGGGUAACCCUGUGUUCGGCUCCACGCCCACCUCCAAUGCCUUUGCUGCCGAAAUGGAGAGAUAUCCUGUGAAGGUUGUCUUUGUGGGGGCGUCCGAUGUGAAACUGUACCCUGAGGAUGAUGAGACCACCAACAUUCUGAACAUCAAGAGGAGUAUCAUCUCUGCCCUGACUGUGCCUCUGAUGGAAGGAGACAAAAACAAAGACAUGCCCACCAUCCACGGCAUGUGCAAGACUCAGUACACUGUCAGCUCAAGGGAAGAAACUGCAACCGAUAUCAGACUUACCAGAGAUCUGUCCAGAUGUAGCAAAUUCGUCCCAAUCAAAGAUCACACCAGCCCUCUGGCACUGAUCUCUGGCAUGCACUAUCCUCUUGCUCAGUUGAUCAGAAGCUCCCAAAUCUGCAACUACAGGUUUGACAACGAAGAAAAACACAUCACCUCUAGCUCCUGCACUGAGAAGCACAUUCUCAUUCCCUUCUCUCACAAAGGGGAAUAUGGUGUCACCAACGUGGGAAAACAGCACCUCACUCUUGUUCAAGUUUCUCCAAUUGACGACAAAGUCUUUUUCCACAGUGACAAUGUCAAGGGUCUUCCCAUGGAGACUGUUGAAGACAAGAGUGCUGUCCAGGAUAAGGACGCAGCUCUGAAUCUCCUGAGAGAACUGGCCACUCUGUCUGAGGCUGACGGCGAGAAGAGGGCCCACCUUUUCCACAUGCUGGUCUCCAUGGUCCGUGGAAUGAAGAUGGAAACCUUGAGUCCUGCCAUUCCCAAGGCUCUUGAGGUGUCCCGCGUCCUGACCUACCAGGUCCUGGCUCAGUGCGGAACCCCUCAGUGCAGCAGUGCCAUCAUGCAGAUCCUCAGGUCCUUUGACAGUGCCUCCCUUGAGGUUGACGCGUCUGUUUUCGCUCUGGGACUCAUGUCCAACCCAUCUGAGCUGCUCAUCAAUGACAUGCUUGAGAUGGCCAAGUACAAAUCCAGCAAACCCAUCAUGUAUGCUCUGAGCAAUGUCGUCAAGAGGUUCUACAAAGCUGAGGAAAAACUCACUCCUGAGAUUUUCUCUGUUGCUGAAUUCAUGGCCGGCAAGCUGGGUGACUGCUCUGGAGACAACGAUGAGACUUUCAUGACACUCAGGGUUAUUGGAAACAUGGCUCCAGCACUGGUAAACGCAGGCCCUGCACUCAGAGGUGCCGUCAUGCAGUGUGUGAACCAACCUGCAGCUUCUCCAGCUGUGCAGCAGGCUGCUAUCCAGGUGUUCAGGCUGACUCCAGCUCCUGAAGAAGUCAGGGAAGUCUUCAUGCAGGUCCUUUUGGACGGUGCCAGCCCCGUGCAAAAGCGCAUUGCUGCAUACCUGGUGCUCAUGAAGGAUCCCCAGACAAGUGAACUGACCCAGCUGGUGAACGCCUUGCCUACUGAGCAGGACCAACAGGUCAAGAGCUUUGUCAUCUCCCACCUCACCAACAUUUUGUCCUCAACUGUGCCCGAGACACUGGAACUGAGGCAGAGGAUUCUGGAAGCACUGCAGGGUAAUGACAUUGAACCCACCAUGGAUCCCACCAAGUUUUCUCGUAACUACAAGAUUGGAUCUCUGGAGGGCAACAUGCUCUUCGACAGCAGCAGCUACCUGCCCAAGGAAGUCAUGCUUGACAUGACUCUGAAAGCUUUUGGUUUUGACAUCGACAUGAUGGAAAUCGGCAUGGAGGGCAAAGGAUUUGAGCCAACAGUCGAAGCCCUGUUCGGGGACAAUGGAUUCUUCCCUGACACUGUCAUGAAGACAAUCUACUUUGUCUCUGAAAACAUGCCCGAGCAAGUCUCUGAAAUGUUGCAGAACAUCGUGCCCGCUCUGAAGAGGAACAGGAUGAAGAGACAGGCCCACAUGAACUUCAUGAGAGACAUUGGACGCAACCUCAACAAACUGGUGAGAGACCUGAAGGACGCACAGUCUCCAGAAGCAAUGGUCUACAUGAGACUCCUGGGAAAUGAACUGGGAUACCUGAGGACCAACGAAAUGGAGGAGAUGGCCUACUCUCUUGUGAUGAUGAUUGACAGCAUGUUCAAGAUGUUCCCAACUGAUAUCAUGAAGGCACUGAUGACCAAGGCUGACAACACCAUCUUUGCCCACUACAUCUUCAUGGACAAUGAAUUCUUCCUGCCCACUAUGACUGGUGUCCCUCUGAGGGUGGCGCUGUCUGGUACUUUCACCCCUGGUCUCAAGGGUGGACUUCAGAUGGCUCGUGAUAUGAGCAAAAUUACCUUCAUGCCCUCUGCUGGUGUUGAGUUUGUAACUCAAGUUGGCUCCUACUUCCCUGAAUACGUCAACUCUGGGUUGGAGAUGCAAACCAACAUUUUCCAUGAGAGUGGACUCAGAGCUGAGAUCGCCAUGGCACGUGACAACAUCAAGCUGACCAUUCCUGCUCCAACAACCCCAACAAAACUCAUCAAAGUGACGAACUCUCUGGUGGCAGUGACCGGAUCAGAGGUCCACACCAUUCCAUCAAUCCUGAUGGAUAAGAUUGAUGUUAGCGAGUGCACUCCGGUCUUUGCUGGAAUGAAAUACUGCACGGCUCUGCAAUACACUGACGCUUACUCACACGAGACAGGCCCGUACUUCCCCUUCACUGGAGACAGCAAAUUUGCUGUGGAGCUCCACCCAACUGGUGAAGUCACUGAGUACACCGCCACUGUUGCCUACGAGCUUCUCAAGGAAGGAGAGGAGGGCAGGCAAAAGGUUGACGCUGUUAAGUUCAUACUAAGAGCUGAAGGUGCAGAACCCACUGAAGCUAUGGCAGUUUUAAAAUACAACAGAAGGAAGAAUGUUGUCACAGCUGAUAUCCAGAUCCCUGACUAUGAUGUUGAGGCUGGACUGAGGCUCGGUGUUGUUGAUGGAAACACCAAAGGCAAAGGAACCCACUCCAUCUCUCUUGACCUGAUUAACAAGAACAUCCCUCAGCUCUCCAUAGUUGGCCGUGCCAAUUUGAAGGACAUGAAGGAAGGCAUGCUGCAAGUGCAACUUCUGGUGCCCUCCAUCAAUGCCGAUGCCACGAUCACAGCUAACAUGAAACGUGAUGAGGAACUGGAGCUGCAACUUCGAAGCAUCAUUAAUUUCCUGGAAACGACAUCUGCACAAACAAUUGACAUUAAAUAUGAUGCCAAAAAGGUUGAAGUUAACUUUAAAUCUGAUAUGAACUCUGAGAUUGUCAACAUCCUUCCAAAUGUUGAUGUGAUUAAAAAGUUUGGAGAUGACCUUCUUGAACUGCCCAUUGGGGAGACUGACAUGAAGGUCCAUCAAAUCCUCAAGGAAUUCGUAGAGACCACAAACAAACACUUGGAAAGCUACGGUGCUUUUAGAGUACCUGACAUGCCAGAGAUUUCACUGCCAGAGACACUCUUCCUGAAUGUUGACACAAAGGCUGUUUACUCCUUCAACCCUGAACGUUUCACCAUUGUUCUGCCUCUCCCUCUUGGAGGAAAGUCAGCAGAAGAGCUGAACUUCCCACCAGCACUGACGACACCUCAGAUGUCUGUUCCACAGCUUGGACUGGAGAUUGUCUCCAUCGAGGUUCCCGUCCCUGACUUUGUCAUUCCAGAGAGCUUCUCUUUAUCCGUACCUUAUUUUGGCAAAGCUGAAUUUUCCACUGUAAUGAGGAGCAACGUCUAUGAAAUGGAGGCCUCUGUGAUGGCUGGAAAAGACGAUAUGAAAGUCCCAAAGUACUCAGCUAAAUUUGACGUGAAAGGGACCUCCCCAAUCGACAUCCUCUCAGUGACGACCGAAGGUUCAGCAAUGUUGGACAUCACUGAAUCCAUCAAGGCCGAACUGAAAAGCUCCCUGACUCAUAAAUUCGUUGAAGCCAGUUUUAGCAUAAUUGAGGAUGCAGCCAUCACGGACAAGGUCAGUUUGAAAUCAAACAGCAAGGUAGAAGUCACAAGUCCACUGGGUCUCAAUGUUGUCCUUGAGCACACUGGUAUGGCUGGAAUCAACACCGAAGAAAUUUCUGCCGACAACAAUUUCGAGGGAAGUUUCAAGGCUGGACCCAUCUUUGGCAAGACUGUUUCAACCCAGACAUUUGCUAUCUUCCCACUCAGACCAGAGGCAAAGAUUGACUCUUCUGUCCAGUUGGACUCCACCAUUCUUAAGGCCCAGAAUACCAUUGCUGCAACUUUUGCCAAUGGUGAAGUCUCAGUUGUUUCUAACACCAACGCUUAUGAAGAUGUCCUGACUCAUGUUGCUGAGCUUUCAUUCAAAGACGGCCGUCUGUCACUUAAAAGCGAUGCCAACGCUCUCGCUCUUGGUAUGAAGAUCCGCAACCAAGCUGAAGCCUCUACUGGCCUCAGUGAUGUCACUGUGAGGAUGGAAACAAACGCAGAUCAAUCUGAAAACCGUGUUUACUCUCUGCUGACUGCAUCUUUCGAUAGCAACGGUCUGGCUCUAAACAGUGACGCCAACAUGAAGAUUUUUGAGAAUGAGGCUACUCACAAGGCUGCUCUGACUUUGAACAAGGACGGUCUGGCCACGAGUGGAACAACCACCCUCCAGAGCAUUGUUUCACUGGAAAAUACCUUCUCUGGUGGACUUGAUGCAACAAAAGCAACUCUGUCCAUUACCAACAAGGGUGCAAUGCAGGAUAUCAAAAUUGAUAAUGCCAACACUCUGACCAUCACUCUGUCCAGUCUUGACUUUGACUCAAAGGCUGACGUCAUUGUCAGUGAGUAUGCUACUUACACCCAUGACAUCACCUUUGACAUGAAGCCCUUCACUGCAUCUGCAAAUCUUAAGAACAAUCUUCAACUUCUGGCUGCUGAAUUCAUCAAUGAGGCACAGCUGCAGGCAGAGCUGUACAAGAUGGACCUGACAGGAAGCCUGAAAGCCAUCUAUGCUGAGGAAGAGCUGAAGCACACCUAUCAGGUCAGUUAUGCUGACAUGACUGCGACUGCAAAAUGCAGCACCACUGGAAAACUUUUUGGCACUCACAUGAACCAAAACACAGAAGUUGAAAUCAUUGGUCUUGCUGCCAGGAUCACUAAUGAUGCUCGCUUCAACUCGCAGCCAAUCCGCUUUGACCACACCAUCCGUUGCAGCAUUGUUCCUUUUGACUUCAACCUUGAUGCCAUCUUCAAUGGUGAUGGAGAUCUGACAAUGUAUGGCAAGCACAGUGCACAGCUCUAUGGCAAGUUCCUCCUCAGAGCUCAGCCUCUGGCCUUUGCUAGCUCGCAUGAAUGCAGAGCAUCAGUAACUCAGGAGUUGAUUAAUGGUAUUUCACUUAACACGAUUAUUGAUCACAACAUUGACACUGUUGUGGGACUCCAGGAGCAGAAGGUCAGUUUGAAAAUGUCGUCUAAAUUGAAUGACCACGUUUUCAAACAGGACGUAAAUAUUUAUAACACUCUUCAGAGAGCUGGAAUUGAGAUAUCUGAAACAAUGCUCACAAACAUCCUCAACACAGACUCCACAGAGAACCAGGAAUUUGCCAUCUCUGGCUUCCUUAAGUAUGACAAAAGUAUGAAGAGUCAUAUCAUUCGCUUCCCUCUUAUCGAUAGCCUGCCAGUCUUUUUGGACAAUCUCAAAGAACUUGUGGUGCGUGCAGCAGAGGCACUUCAAGAAUACAUUAACAGUGAUGAGAUCAGGGCUAGAAUUGCAGCUCUUCCCCAGUAUGUAAAUGACAUUGUUGCUGAAGUCAACAUUGAAGACAAGAUCGUUCAGCUGAAGCAGUAUUUUAAUGACUUUACUCAAGACUUUGUCAUCUCCAUGGAUGAUGUGGAAGCCUCUCUGAAGAACUUGAAGGCAACUGUUGAAAGACUAUUGUCUGAUCUGACUGUUUACAUCCAACAGUUUGUUGGCAUGGUGAAAGAUGCUAUUGCUAGCAGCACCUUCCCCGAAACUCUUGUGCAAAAUUUCCAGGAUCUUCUGACUACUAUUAAUGAAGAUUAUGAUGUCAAGGCUAUGGUUGUCAACAUGAUUGACACCUUCAGAGACAUGAUCAGUCAGUUUGAUUUGGAAAAACUGAAGGGCAGCAGCAUUGCAUUCCUGAGUGACAUUGAUGCCAAGUACGAAAUCAAGGCUAAACUUGAGACCAUCAUGAGUUAUAUUAGAGAAACAAUUGACUCCUUUGACAUGGCGACUUUUGUUGCUGAGAUGCAGAGCUACUUUACAUCCACUGACUUCAAAGCUCGCAUUGAGGAACUUGUGAAUCAGAUUCCCACUGACACUCUCACAGAAAUAAUCGAUUAUGUAAAGAGAACAAUUCAGAGCCUUGAUCUAACUGACAAGCUGAACACCUUCUAUGCUAAGAUCCGAGAAAUGAUUGCAAAGUUCGAAAUUGAACAGAAAGCUCAGGCUGUCUUGGAAAAGGUGGUGGAGCUCAUUAAGCAGUUCAAAAUUGAGGAAACCACCAGUGCUCUGUUAAAAAUGGUCAAGGAUGUAGAUGUUCCGGCCAAAUUAAUGCAAGUAUUUCAAGAUGUCAUUGAUUAUUUGAAAACCAGAGAGGUUGACGAGAUUAUUCUACAACUGAACAUGUAUAUUGAAACUAUCCUGGAAAAGCUGAAGUCCUUGGAUUACAACAACUUUUUAGAUUAUGCCAAUAAUCUCAUAUCUGACUCCACAAUUUACUUGAAUGAGUUCAUAAGGACUCUUGAAAUUCCACAGAAACUUGAGGCAACAAGAGACUUUGUCAACCUGGUCUUGUCGGUUGUUCAAGGGUUCGUGGAAAGCCUGAGAGAGGUCAGAAUUGCAGAAGUAAAGGAUAUCUUUGACCAGGUUGUGCUUAACAACCUUAAGACAUUUGCUGAAUUCAUGAAAGAGAGAAUUGCAACUCUCGACAUUAAAACUGAGAUUACAUCUUUUCUGGACUUUGUUGGCAAAAACUGCACAAAUCUUCUGAGUGCCAUCAUUGAUACACUCACCAGUGCUGCUGAAAUGAUUAAGACGAUGAUGCCAGAACAGAAAAUUUUUAAUGAAAUUCAACAGAUUAUUGAUGCAGUCCUUGCAGAAAUGAAGAAAGUCGAGGUCAAAGUGCCAUCCUUUACCAUUCCUCUGACUGAUCUUGUUGUGCCUUCCUUGACAAUCAGCAUCGAUGCACUGAAUCAGUUUGAAUGCCCAACCCAGCUUGACAUUCCAAUGUUCAGCAUCUUGGGCUUCUACACUGUCCCAGCCACUACUAUCUCAAUUGAUGACAUCAAACAGACAAUCAUAGACCUGAUUGAUUUCAUUCUUAACUUUGAGAUGGAGAUGCUAAAUAUUGAUGCUACUUUCGGACACCUGACAACUGACUAUUUCCCUGCCCUGCCCAAGCUUUCAGUUCCAGAGAUUUCUUUCACUGAAUUGUCUUUCCCCGCUCUUCCCCAUGUUCCAGCAGAGAAACUUGUUAAUGUUCCUCUCCAACUGCCCACACUGCAGAUGCCAAUUAUUCCCAGUGAUCUCAGGAUUCCAGAAUUUGGUAAGCUAAGCUACGAGGUCAAAGUCAGCUCCCCCAUCUACUCUAUUAGAAAUGCUGCCGAAGUCCAGAACUCUCUUGAUGUAGAUGAAAACCCUCAACUGUCAGCUUUUCUGACAACCCAGGGAACAUCCCCAAGCUUUGCAAUUCUUAACUUCAACAUGGACUGCACUGCCCGGAUUGGUAUGCCAAAGAGUCUUCAUGUUAUUGCUGCUGAGACAUUUAUACUCACCCAUGAUUCUGUGAGUGUUGACCAUCAUGCAUCAGUAACUUUAGCUGACUUCGCUGUCCAGGCCUCGGCAAAGACCACAAUGAAGGCCAAAACAGAACCUUACAAUGCUGAGUUUUUGAACGAAGUCUUCUUGUCUACCCAGGGUGGUUUAUCAACCUCAAUUGAUACUACCUACAAACACGAGCUCAACCUCUUUGGCCUAACUGGCGAGACAUCUUUCACACAAAAAUCUGUGGCCCGCCAAGAGGGUACCACUCUUACAAUUACUUGUGAAAAUGGGGGUGCUUCCACCUUGAACUCAUACCACAACACCCACAAGAGUGACUUGCAGAUCACAGUCAAUCCAAGUUCAGUCAAGUUGUCCUUCACUGGUGACACAGAUGCUUUCCUUUUCAAAACAAGACAGGCUCUCACUGCUGAUGUAGUUGUAUUUAGCUAUGUGAAGUUGGACGUUCGCUCUGAAACAGAAGGCCCUGCAAUCAAAAGCAGCCGUUUUGAGGGAUCCCUCAAUGCAAAUCUACAUGAUAGUAAAUUUGAACUGAAGGCAACUCAUAGCUCAGACGUAUUUGUGCCAUGGGUUAUCCAAGUCAGUGGAGAACUGAACAAUGCAGUGGACUUUGUUGUCAGUCCCAGUGAAGUUCUGUUCAGCUUUGAGAACAAGGGAAACACAAAGGUUAAUUUUGAUGACACGCUCACAGCCAAAAUUGAUCUGCAGAAUGAUUACUCUGCAAGCUUGAGGCCUGACAAACAGCAGAUAAACAUUGUGGCUCUGACACGUUUCAAUGAGCACAAGCAGCUGUGGAACCUCACUGUAGAAAACAAUGAAAAUGAGUUUGCCAUUCUUGGUGCUGCAGAGGGAAAGAUGAAUCUUGAAAUCUUGACAAAACCUAUUACUAUUUCUGAGUAUAAGAUUCCUUUUGUUGAUCUCCAUACCCCAGGUAUUAGUAAUCUGGACUUAUAUGACCGAACUGGAUUGAAAUACAUUUUAACUACUCCUGAGCAGAUUGUUGAUGCAGACAUUCAGAUCAUAUACCACAAAAGCCAAGGAGCACCGCUUGUUGAUUUAAUGGGUCUGAUUCAAAUUCCAUCUUUGGAUGACCUGAUCACAAAGGUGUCUUUUAAAUCUGCUAUCAUCACUCUCAACGUAAAUGCUGGCCUGUAUUCUGAGGAGGAUCUUGUGAUACGUUUAGAAGCAAACACAGGCUCUGUGUUUGAAGGUCUUAAAGCCAAGCUUGAUGGAACGUCCAGCCUGACAACCAAGAGAGAAAUCAAGUUAGCCAAUUCGCUUUCCCUUGAAAAUCGCCACAUUGAAGGCACUCAUUAUAGCACCUUCAGUGUGAGCACUGACACUUUCGAAACUGCUGUGUCUGUGACUACAGCUGGUAAGAUUGACUUGCCUGUAUUUAAUCUGGAAGCGAGACAAAGUCUGGUUGCAGAUACCAAAACAAAAGCAAAUGCUGCAUCCACUUUAAAGAUGAACGGUCAAAUCAAUAUCCCACUGCUCAAGACAUCUGGAAAAGCUGAGGCAGAUCACAGCCUGAAGCUGGAAGGAACCUUGGAAGAUAUCUCAAUUGAGUAUUUCACUAAGGCAAAUAUGGACGGGAUCAUACUGGAAGACUUCUUGGUUUUAGGAGUCCUGGACAAUGAGGCGACCCUGUAUCUAAAUAAUGAUGGUCUAAGAUCCACUUCCAAGGUUACUGGUGGUGCCAAACUUAACAAAGGCCUCAACAGACUUUUUGGCAUGGAUGUAAACAAUUACCUGGCCACUGAAGCAUCCCUAAGCCGUGUAUUUGCAGAGCUGAAGUACAACAGCAACAAUGUGGCAAACCUGCUUCACUUUAACACCAAUGGAAAACACACUGCCCAGGCUACCAUUGUCUUUGAACCAACCUCGACGCUGACUGCUGAUAUUGAGAUCGACAUGUCUCAACCAACCAACUUGGGUGAAUUCAAAAUUUUUGAGAAGACUGUUGCUGAAGUGACAAGUACCACACAGAAGAUGUCUUCUAAUGCCAAGUUUAUCAGCCCACUGUAUAAUUUCAACAUUGAAGCUGAGAUAGACGGCAUUGCUCCUGUCUCCAAAGUCAUCUUUAAAUCCUCGUCCACCUCUCCUAUUGCCAUCUUGGAAUAUGACCUGGAAUCCCUGAGUACGAUCAACUUUGACGACGAUGGCAUAACUGUGACUGAGAAAGCGGUUUUCUCCACCACUGACUUCACCAUGGAUGUUCAACAAACGUUCUCCCAUACUCUGAGUGAAUCCUAUCUCACCAUGAAUGUGGACAUAACCAGCCUGGCCUUCACUGAUAUGAACUUGCGCUAUGCUGUCCGUAAAGAUGGAAUCAGCGCCACAGUUUCUGUUCCAACUACAGGCUUUCUUGGACUUCAGCUUCAUAGCAGGAGCCAGUCACAGAUGAACGCCAGACUUUAUGGCCGCUAUGCUUCUGAUCCAGGGAAGGACGUUGAUAUCGUCACCAUCAGAGUGUCUCAGAAAGAUGCCGACAAAAGCCUGAAUCUGAAAUUGGUCUUCAACAUGGAUGCUCCUGAAAUCAUGCUCAGUGGAUUACAGGAAAAACUUCCUGCCAUCACGUCUUGUGUGUCCAAUUACGCUGAGAAAUACCGAGUGUUUAGCUAUGCUGCUCAGCUAAAAGAGAUGACUACUAACUUGGUUGACGAUGCCUACACCUUUGCACACAGCCAUGCUCCAGAUCUGAGCCAGGUAUCCGUCCUCUUUAGGAACACUGCUGUUCAGUUCCAGCGGACUGUUCAGCUGUUAUUGGAUGCUGCUAUCAAAGUCCUGAGGGACACAAAGGUCAAACUGCCUGGCUCUGAUGAGAUGACCCCUCUCACAGAGGUGCUCAAAAAAUUCACCACUAGCAUAACUAUCAUGGUCGAGAAGGCAAUCCACAUGCUGACUGUAAACAUUGAGUAUGCCUAUACUGUAGUAGUAGAGAUGGCCAGUGAAGUCGAGGUUACAAUGCCUAUUGGUGAUGUUAUGGCUGGAGCUAAAGUGAUCAAAUACUGCAAAGAAAGUGCAAGGGAUUUGAUUGAUUUCAUUGUGCAAAGUUUGAAGAAUGCAGAGAGUAUUGACAUGCUCUUGGAAAGACUGGGUGACACCUUGAAAUUCUUUGUUGACAAAACUCAAGCCUUUGUUGACAAUGACCUAAAAUCUGAUAUGCUUGACGCCAUUGCUGUUCAUGUUAAUGCUUUGUAUGACCAACAAAUGAGCCUGAUGAAGUCCUUCACAGAGUAUGCAAACUCCAUCAUGACCGCUGACUCUGUAAAUGAGUUCAUCAGUUUUGUUCUGAACAGUGUCAGAUCCAAAGUGAAUGAAUUCAGCAGCACUGUUACUGACUAUAUCCAGCAGGCUCCUGCUCAGUACAAACCAUAUUUAAAGGUUAAAGGGAAGAAGCUGGAGAUUAAUAUUUAA